AACUAUUGUUUUGGCGUUGCGUACAGUGGGAACAACUGCGACAUGCAAUAUUGCAUGAUGUGUAAAGAACUAGAAACGUCUAUGAUGCGCUAACUAACCUUUUCGAAAACGAUCUGCAGCUACACAUUCUUGUUGUACACUACGGACUUGCCAGUAUCUAAUUCCGGCGAAUGAUGAGAUUGCGGGUCAAUAAACAUCGGCAAGUGACAUCGAGAAAACAAAGACUCGCACGGUUGGGGCCGUUUGAUUAACAAUAUACACCAUUCGAUCUUCUGCCCAUCACCGUGGGAUAUAGUGCGGCAAACCAACCUUUUUUGAUUUGUUGUCUGUUAUCAUGCUAAUAAAAAUGCAGGGGAAAUACUUCUCGGAAGCCCUUUGCAUAAUCUUCGGCAAUCAUUUUACCUUUUAAACAAUGUAUAAAAGAAGCAAGAGGUUGGCAGUAAAAUUGUUCACUCGGAAACCCCUGAACUAUCUUCUAUUACGAUGAAACAGGCUUUGACUCUGGUGCUGGCUUUAUUUGUCCUCAAGGUGACCUGUCAAUGGAGCGAAUGUGGAACAAGCUCUUCUUGCCCCAACGGCCAAGACCUCAGCUGCAUGGCUGACAAUGGAUACGAUGCAGUAAACCAGUGUCCACCCAGCUGCGGAUAUUUUGGUGAAGCUUGCCCCGAAGAUGGCUCCUUCAAAAUCUGUUGUCAGUAGUGUUUUAUCGCAUUUAUUACAAGUCUUACCUGUAGGUAGUCAUGUAACAGAUUACAAUGCACCGCUUUGAAGCAUAAGGUUUAACAUUAGUGAAAUGCAAACACCGUCCUGAAAAUAAAUAUUAUGUGAGUGCUGGUCUGAGUCCCGAGGCCAAGCCCUUCAUUGAACGGAAUCAUUAACA